UCCUCGAGAUAGUGAAAGAGCCCAGAGAGCCCAACAGAUUCAGUGGUAGUACAGAGCGAAGCAGAUAGACAAACAAUCGCGAGUUCAACCUCCCUUAGAGAAACGCACAUUCACAUACACAAAAUGAACCAGUAAGUUAAUAAACGUCCAUUUUAAUUUAGAGAGAGAGAAAAAAACAACAAAAGCAGAUCGUUAAAUUAUUAUUAUGACAGUUAUUCUAUGAAUUCUUCGUGGAUAAAUUUUUAAAUGAAAAAGUUGGACUCUUCUGAUCUCUGCAAUCGCAAUCUCUGAACUAUUGGAUAUUUUUGUUUUCUCUGUUGACGCAACAGUAAGAGAAAAAAACGUCUUCGACCCAGCAGAAGAGUUCGCAUCAGCUGCGUCUUCACCUGCUUGUCUCCCGCGAGGCGCAUCGGUGAUUCCUCCUCUCGGUCUCCAAGCAACACCAGCCAUAGCCGGAAGGAUGGCCGCAGCCAAAACAGAGAUGACCCUGCCUACCCUGCAGAUCUCUGACCCUCUGAGCUUUCCUCACUCCCCCAUGGAUAACUACCCCAAACUGGAGGAAGUGAUGCUGCUCCACUCUGCCGGGACGCCCUUCCUCGCCGCCUCAGCACCAGAAGGUGCCGGGUUCGGGACCGGGGACCCCGGGGAUCAGUAUGAUCCACUGACAGGAGAUACGCUGCCCGACAUCUCCAUCCACUGCGAGAAGACGCUGGGCGAGCUGCCCUUCCCCACACAGCGGCUGCCCUCUCUCGCCUACACUGGCCGCUUCACCCUCGAACCCGCCACCACCUGCAGCAACACCCUGUGGGCGGAGCCUCUCUUCAGUCUGGUCAGCGGACUGGUGGGCAUGGCCAACACGCCCGCCACCUCUGCCACCCCGUCCUCCACCACCUCUCUGGUCAGCUCUUCCUCCUCCUCCUCUUCCUCCUCGCCUUCCUCCUCCUCGUCCCAGAUGAGCCUGGGCUGCUCUGUGCACAUGAGCGACCCCAACCCCAUCUACUCCGCCGCGCCCACCUACUCCAGUGCCAGCUCUGACAUCUUCCCCGAGCAGGGGGGCCAGUCCUUCGCCAGCUCGGUGGGCGGAGCCCUCCAGUACCCGCCCCCCGCCUACCCCGGCGGGAAGACCGCCGGAUUCUCCGUCCCCAUGAUCCCCGACUACCUGUUCCCCCAGCAGCAGGGGGACCUGGGCCUCAUGCAGCAGGACCAGAAGCCCUUUCAGUCCCAGUCCGCCCAGCAACAGCAGCUGUCCCUCACGCCGCUGUCCAUCAUCAAGGAGUUUGCCAACCAGACGGGAUCGCGAGACGUCAAGAACGCCGCCGCCGUCGCUGCCGCCACCGCCGCCGCCGCCUUCCCUUCGCAGCCCAUGAAGCCGGGGCGCGCCCGAAAGUACCCCAACCGGCCCAGCAAGACCCCGCCCCACGAGCGGCCCUACUCCUGCCCCGUGGAGACGUGCGACCGGCGCUUCUCGCGCUCGGACGAGCUCACGCGCCACAUCCGCAUCCACACGGGCCAGAAGCCCUUCCAGUGCCGCAUCUGCAUGCGCAACUUCAGCCGCAGCGACCACCUGACCACGCACAUCCGCACGCACACCGGCGAGAAGCCCUUCGCCUGCGACGUCUGCGGCCGCAAGUUCGCCCGCAGCGACGAGCGCAAGCGCCACACCAAGAUCCACCUGCGCCAGAAGGACAAGAAGGUGGAGAAGGUGGCCGUGCCCAUCUCCAUGCCAUCCCCCGCCUCCAGUUACCCCUCGCCCAUCGCCUCCUACCCCUCGCCCGUCGCCUCUUACCCAUCCCCCGCCUCCUACCCCUCGCCCAUCGCCUCCUACCCCUCGCCCGUGUCCUCUUACCCCUCCCCAGUGCCCUCCUGCUACUCCUCCCCCAUGCACACCUCGUACCCGUCCCCCUCCGCCGCCAGCACGUACCCCUCGACCACCGUCUCCUUUCACACGCAGGGGGGCGCCACGUUCCCCUCCUCCGUGGCCACGAACAUUUACAGCUCCCCGGUGGCCACCCCUCUGUCAGACAUGCAGUCCACGCUCUCCCCCAGGACAAUCGAGAUCUGCUGAGACAGCCGCUCGUCUGGUCUUUAACCCCCUUCCUCCUCCUCCCUCUGAACAAGAAAGCUCAAAAAGACUUUGUCGACUUCUCAAAAGCACUUUUCCUCCGUCCCGACCCGCCACCCCCCCCCCCCCCCCAACACACACACGCGUUUUCCCAUCUGUAUUCUCUCAAGCACCUAAAGCAGGACUUGUCACAGGUGGGGAAGAGGGAAGAAACGGAUUCAUCUUUCCUUUAGCACUGAGUGAGACUAAACGAAAAAGAACCGUAGGUUUUGGCAGGGAUUCUGAAACGUUUCUGAACACAAAAACUGAAAAAAAAGACUUGAACCAACAAUAGAUUUCUGAGGUCUGAAAGCGUGAGACCUUCUGACUCAAAGGACACUGAAACAAUGGAAGAUGGACACUCAAAGAAAAAAACUUUGAUGAUAUACAUAAACCUAUGUAUAUGUAUAUUGUACAUGUGCCACGAUUGGUUACCAUUUGGUACUAUCAAUGUAUUAAAAAAAACUUCUUUGCAUAUUUACAUUGUAUCUUGGCAUUAGACGGCCAUUGUUUCUGUUACUAUUUUCUCUCUUCACGUAGUGAAAAAUAAUGUGAUACCUUUUUGAAUUUCUUUGGCGAAAAAAGACAGCAUGACAGCAUUUGUUUUACCAUUACUCUGUAAAUAGUCAAUUUGCUGGUACUCUUUUCUUCUCUCUCUUCCUUUCUCACAUGUAGCAAAAAAAAAAGAAAAGAAAAAAGGUCAGUUUUCAACGAAAGUGAGACAAAAACGGUUUAAAGACAUUUCUGGUGCCUUUUGUGAAGCCUGGCUGACAUUUUGAACACAACUUUGUGUGUGACUGGAUGCGUUGGCAUCUGCAAGUAGCCUUAGGAAUAAGGGAUAUUUUUUUUUACAGAAUGUAACAUGGGGCGGAGAGGCGAGACUGAGCUCACAGCUUCAUUUCUUUUGAAUGUAAGCGCAAAGAAAAGAAAAAGAAAAUCUCAAAAGUAUAUUUUUGUAACUGAAGUGUAAAUAUUUACAUAUUCAGGAGUUGGAAUGUUGUAGUUACCUACUGAGUAGGCAUGGGAUUGUUUUGUAUGUUAUUUACAUGCAGUUUAUAAUUUUGUGGUUAUUUUCUAUUUGUUAUUGUGUUUUGUCAAACCAAGUGACUGUUCCUGGCUUCUAAACACAUUGAAUGCGCUUACCUGCCAAUGGGAUAUUUGAUGUACAAGAUAUCCUACAGAGACAAAAUAUAAAUAAAAUCUAAAUAUAUAUUA